AUGCUUUUUCUGUUCAUGACCAGGUUUGGGCGACGUCCUCUUCUGCUCGUGUCUUAUCUGUCAUCCUUGAUAUUCGCAGUGCUGAGUGCAUUCUCCACCUCGUAUGUAAUGUUUGUCAUCUUGAGAUUUUUUACGGGCAUGUCACUCGCAGGAAUAAGCAUCAUGGCCAUUGUUUUGAAUGUUGAAUGGUUUAGCAUUGAACACAGGACUUUCUCUGGUGUGAUCAUAAGCCUGGAUUGGACAAUUGGGAACUGGAUCCUGGUUGGCAUUGCAUAUUUUGUAAACGAGUGGAGGAAGCUGAUUCUAGCAGUUACCUCCCCCCUGAUUCUGUCUAUCAUUGCUUGGAGGUGGCUUCCAGAGUCUGCUAGGUGGCUUGUAGCCAAAGGAAAGACAGAUGCUGCUCAUCAUUACAUAAUGAAAUGUGCUAAGAUGAACAACAGAUCCAAGUGCAUGGCCACCAUCACACCAGCGACAUUACUGGAAUGUGCAGAAACUGAACAUGGCGCUAAGAAGUACACUUUUGUAGAUCUUUUCAGAACCCCAAAUAUUAGAAAACUUGCUAUAUACUCAGGAAUGCUAUGGUUUGGCGUUGCAUUUACAUACUAUGGAAUAACUCUUAAUAUCACAGGAUUUGGACUGAACCCAUACCUAACACAGUUCAUAUUUGCAUCCAUUGAAAUGCCCAUGAAGAUUGGCGUCUAUUACUUCCUGGAGAAAGUUGGGAGAAAGCAUGGCCAGAUGGGUUCCAUGCUAUUAACUGGUCUCUGUCUCUUCAUCAACAUCUUUGUUCCAAAAGAUAAAUGGACUGUUCGUACUGUUGUGGCAGUUCUUGGAAAAUCUAUGUCAGAGGCCUCGUUCACUAUCAUGUAUCUUUACACAACUGAGCUUUACCCUACGGUCGUACGACAAAAUGGCUUAGGCUACACCUCAUUUCUGGCACGACUGGGCGUGUCCAUUUCUCCACUCAUUGUACUAUUGGAAGAUCUGUGGCAUCUCCUCCCUGCAGCCACUUAUUGUGCAGUGGCAGUUGGAACUGGUUUUGUUGCUUCACUUCUGCCUGAAACAUUAAACACCCGACUGCCAGAGUUCAUCGACGAUAUUGAGAAACCAAGGUAA